AUGAUAAAAAGAGAUACUAUUUCAAGUAUGAUGAAUGGUGCACCAAAGGUUGUAAUUGAUAUCUUUGACAAGAUGUCAAUGACUCAAAAGAUUGCAAUGGGUGUAUUUGCAACUCAUUUUGCUUGUUAUGGAUUACCAUCAGAAAUUGUAGAUCCAGUCAAAUCAAAGAUUAAUCGUGUUGAGUAUUAUGUUAGAUUCUUGGAUGAAACGUUAAAAAGAGUUACUACUCUUGAUGGAUUCGAUGAGUUGGAUAAUAUAGACUUUGGUACAUGGGAGAAUUUGGCAUUGUCAAUGGCCAACAAUAAAACCCUCGCCAUUGCACUAGAGAACAAGAUCAAUCUCAUUACUCAAAUCCUAUUCAAUUUCUUGGUACUAAUGUGUGAAUAUUCAAAGUAUAUGGCUACCAUCCAAGAUGCUGCAGAUGCACGUCAAGCAUAUUUCCAUACUCUCUUAAAACAUCCAUUCAUUCGUAAUGCUCGUAUCAUGAUUGAUUCAAUUAUUACAUUUUCUGAAAAAGAUGUAGAAUCAUUAAUAUCAAGAGGAGUGAAUAGAAUUGUAUUUGAUCAUGUUCGAUAUGUAUUUGUUGAUAUGGUUGCAAAAGGAGUUUGUAGAAAGGGUGCUGAUAAUUUAGUUGAUCCACUUCAAGUAUUGGAAUUAUUGACUGUUCCUAUCUCUACCACUCCCGUGCCGUUGAUUGGAUGUAAUUAUACUAAACGUGCAAUCAAUUUAAUUGUAAACAGAUUACAUGACCAAGCCAAUGACGGCAAACAAAUCAAUGUACCACAGGAUAUAUUGGAUUCUACCAAACCAUUGACAGGCAAGAGAUAUCGUAAAUACCUUCCAAGUAUUUUAUAUACACAAAGAUUAGAAUUGAUGACUGAAGUAAUUCGUUCAUCUCUUACAAUCUAUUUUUGGCAAGCUACCAUACCAUCAACUAUAUUGGCCAAUCUUGCUCUAUCUGAUUCAUUCAACAUUGUAGAUUACCUCUUCAAGAGAACAGAUAGUAUGGUUGGAAGAGUAUUUAUUCAUAAUGUAGUUCCAUCAAUUACAGCUUGUGCAUUGAUUGGUUCUUCCAAGAGUCUCAAAGCCACCAUGGCAAUCAUCUGGGUACCAAUCCUAUCAUGGGGUGUUAAAUCAUUGGUUGAAUAUUCAGUCUCAAGAUCAUAUGCCAAAUCUCUCGCUGAUCUAUAUGAUAUUGACAGACAAAGAAUGCCUCCCCAAUCACAAUAA